AUGGAUGGAGUGACACGUGAGCGCAAUGUGCACACCUUUCUAAUUGUGCGAAAGAAAAAUUCAAAACUUCACGCGGUUUCCGGGCGCGCGCGGGGAGUACUGCCAGGCCGUCUCUCCACCAGAGACGAAGUUGUCAAGCGUUUGUGUCACUUUCAUCGGCUAUCAGUGAAGAUGAGCACGGCCACCGUGUCCGUGCUGCCGGUGGAGCGGCCGUCUGUCGGCAGCGAGAGCGACGGUAGCGGCUCCGAUGACGACGCGGGACGUUACAAAGUGAAGAGCGCCGUUGUUCAGGCUACCUCACAGGCUACUCGAAAAGAGGCAAAGUCUCCCUCCUCUUCCCUCUCUCGUACUCCGUCUCCCCUCCCCCACGACACACUCCCAAUUCCAGCCCGCCGGAGCCCCGCCCAUUUUCCCUCUUCCCGUCGCCGACCUCAUUCCCGUUCUCCCAUUCCACCUCCACACGGCUGGAGACGCCCCCGAUCUCCUAGAUAUCCAAGGGACGGUGGUGGUAGAGGAGACAGAGGUGGGAAGAGAGGUCGCUCCAGAUCACCUCCCAGGGCUAGGGAGGCAGCAGGAGAACUGGAGGAAGGCGAACUAAGAGAGCAAGCGGAACCACAGCCAAAGAAGAAGAAAGAGGAUCUGGACCCUCUACUCACCAGGACAGGAGGGGCGUAUAUACCUCCGGCCAAGCUGCGAAUGAUGCAGGCUCAGAUCCAGGACAAGAGCAGUGUGGCCUACCAGAAACUGGCCUGGGAGGCCCUCAAGAAAUCCAUCAACGGUCUCAUCAACAAGGUGAACGUGUCAAAUAUAGGGAACAUUGUCCAGGAGCUCUUCCAAGAGAACAUAGUUCGUGGACGAGGACUUCUGGUUCGGUCGGUGAUCCAGGCCCAGGCGGCCUCCCCCACCUUCACCCAAGUCUACGCUGCACUGGUGGCCGUCAUCAACACCAAGUUUCCUCAGACUGGAGAGCUCCUCGCCAAGAGACUCGUCAUCCAGUUCAAGAAGGGCUUUCGCAGGAAUGACAAAGCUGUGUGUGUGACGGCCUCAAAGUUCCUGGCUCACCUGGUCAACCAGAUGGUGCUCCACGAGAUAGUGGCUCUGGAGCUACUCACACUGCUACUGGAGGAACCAACUGACGAUAGUGUUGAGGUUGCCGUCGGCUUUAUCAAGGACAUUGGAGAGAAGUUGACCAAAAUAACGCCGCGAGGAAUGGUGGCAGUAUUCGAGACCCUCCGUUCUGUCCUGCACAGCAAACAAGUCAACUCCCGCGUCCAAUACAUGAUCGAAGUCAUGUUUGCCGUCCGCAAGGACAAGUUCCAGGUACACACUUACACUAUAGAGGGCUGUAUCAGUUUAUCUUCUUUCAAACUACUAAUGCUAUUUAGUCAAUCACAUACACUUGUCAUUACAGCACUGUUGAAAAGAAAUCUUGUUCCUACAUACAAUACCUCUCCCUCUCCUCCCUCACUCUCUGAUCAGGACUACCCGGCCAUCCCGGAGGGGCUGGACCUGGUCCAGGAAGAUGACCAGAUCACUCACCUCCUCUCCCUCAGUGACGCUCACGACGGAGAAGACCUCCUCAAUGUCUUCCAGGAGGACUCUGACUACCUCGCCAAUGAGGACAAGUACAAGGAGAUCAAGGCCGAGAUUUUAGGAGAGGGGUCGUCAGGUGAAGAAGAAAGCUCUGGUGACGAGUCUGACGACGAGGAGAGUGAAGAGGACGAGGAGGGGGAAGGAGCGGGAGCGGAAGGGAAGAUUGAUAUCAUGGACAAGACUGACUCGAAGGCUCUGAUUUUGAGGAGAACCAUCUACCUCACAAUCAUGUCCAGUCUGGAUUAUGAGGAGUGUGCCCACAAACUGCUGAAGACCAAAGAAGAUGGCCAAGAGCCAGAGAUAGCCAUGAUGUUGGUGGAAUGCUGCAGUCAGGAGAGGUCCUACCUCAGAUUCUAUGGCCUCCUUGGUCAGGUAGGACCCCCAGUUACACCAUCCAGAUCUGUGGUAAUCCUCUCUCCCUCUCUCCCUCUCUCUCCCUCCUUCUUUACUCAGAGGUUCUGUCUGCUCAGCCAAGGUUGGGUGGAGGCCUUUGACGGUCUCUUCCAGGAGCAGUAUGCCACGGUGCACAGACUGGAGACCAACAAGCUGAGGAACGUGGCAAAGUUCUUUGCUCAGUUGUUCUACUGCGAUGCCCUCCCCUGGACCGGGAUGUCCUGUAUUCACCUCAACGAAGAGGAGACCAACUCCUCCAGUCGUAUCUUUGUGAAGAUUCUGUUCCAAGAGCUGUCAGAGUUCAUGGGUCUACUCAAACUGAACGAGAGGCUUAGAGAUCCUAUUCUGAGUGAGGCAUUUGAAGGUCUUCUUCCUCGAGACAAUCCAAAGAACACUCGUUUCGCCAUCAACUUCUUCACCUCCAUCGGUCUCGGUGGACUCACAGAUGAUCUAAGGGAACAUCUGAAGGAUGUGCAGAAACAAAUCAUGGCCCAGAAACAGGAGGUCAGCUCCUCAGACACUGACUCCAGUGAAGACUCUGAUGACGACUCGGAAAGUGAUUCCUCAGAAGAAGAUAGUGAGAGUGAAGAAGAUGAUGAGUCGAGUGAGAGUAGCAGCAGUGGAGAUUCUGAGGAAGAGAGGAAGAGAAGGAGGAAGAGGAGGGAGAAGGAGAAAGAGGAGGAGAGAGGGAGAGGAAGGGAAAGGGAGAAGAGGGAUAGGGGUGAGGAGAGGAAGGAGAGAGGGAAGGAACGGGAGAGAGGUGGGGAGGACAAGAGAGACAAGAGAGACAAAGGGAGAAGGGAAGGUGGAGAGGAGGAUGGAAGGAGGCAGAAGAGAGGGGAGGAAGAAAAAGAAAAGGACAGACGAAAAGAACACAAAGAAAGAGACCGAGACAAAGAUGAAAGAAGAGAGAAAAAGCGACACGAAAAAGAAAGUGGCGAUGAAGAUGGUGGAAGAAGCAGAAGGAAGAAGAAAGAUCAAUCUCAUGAUGGAGACAGAGAUCAGGAAGACGGGGAGAAAGACGGGGUGUCGCAGAAGAGAAAGAAAAGGGAUCACCGUGAUCGCGAGAAAGGAGAGGAGGGGAGGAAGAGAAAAAGGGAGGGGAGAUGCAGAAGAGGAAGAUGUAAGAGAUGAGCGUAAACAGAGGGAGAGGAGGAGGGGAGAGGGGGAAGGGAGGGAGGAGGAGAAGAGGGAGAGAGAUCGAGAUGAAAGGAGGGAAAGAGGACGAAGAGAUCAUGAUGAAAGGAAGGAGAAGAAGAGAAGGAGGGACAGUCACAGCCCAAGAAGAAGUUAAUAAAAAAAUUUUGAGACAAUAAUCCUUAUCUGUUCUUCCUUUGUUGUGCACUUGUGGUGUAAAAAA